GUCGCCAUGAUUCAGUCCCCCUCAACGAAGAUACAGACGACGAAGGAUUUGUUGGAGUCACGCAUGAAAGUCGGUUCCGAUGAUACCAGCUACAAUCGGUACUAUUUCCGGCAUUCUACGGAACCACUGCUGAAGGCACUGUACGAGCAAAAGCUAAAGAACAAAGAUGGAUCGGAGAACUUCAUUCCAUUGAAGCGUGGUGUCGAGCUGGUACAGCAAGGAUUGUACGCGUUCCAGGUAGAACUCGGCAUAGCCUAUCUGUUGAUCAACGACCUGUAUCAUGAAGGUGAAAAGUGUGACCUGAAGAUGAUGGAUUCGUACAGGGUGAUCGACCCGUACUACGCGGUACAGAAAAACACGUCUUUCCGCGAGUCCGUGCGCAUCGCCUUAUUCAGGUUGCGCGAAUUCGGCAUUCAGGAACGGGAGCACUCGCUUCUCUACACCAAGAAGCCACGCUGUUCCGGUGCCACAAGCUUCGUACCGAUUUCGAUCGUGGAUAUCUGGCCAGCGCUAGCUAUAUUUGGCUGGGGAUGCCUCUUGGCGGUUGUGACGCUAGGGACCGAGUUGUGG